AUGGCGUUGGGGUCUUUCAGGAGCAGUCCGACGACUGCGUUCGUCUUUGUUUUCUUGUUGAUGCUUAUCGCUCUACCCGGUAAAGCUGAAGCAUUUGGUGCUGGAAACAUCGCUUCUAUAUCCACCGUCGAAGGCAAGAAUUGGCGUCAUGGAGAUAUCGAGGAUACGAUUCAAGCACUUGCAUUCAUUCAUGGGCACAAGUGGACCUCGGCCAUGAUCAAGCGUGUUUACUUUGGCAAUUGGCUGCGCGAUUAUUCCCAGGCCAUGGAUGUGGGCACACUUAAGAAUCUGCAAGCUGAUACUAUUCGAGUUCUUGUCUGGAUCCUUUCAUUCAUGACAUUUGGCUAUGCAACAGGAGAAUUUGAGGUUACUGCCGACAGACUCGGUGUUUAUCGUCCAGAAGAGCACAUCGACAAUCCCAAAGAUUACGCCGAUAACCAAGACGCAAGACAAUAUGACAAGCGCCUCCGUCCUCCAGUCCGUCAAAUCGAGCUCGACAUUGACCCCGAGACUGGCAUGAAGAAUUACAUUGCCAACGAAAGAGGCGACUGGGCCACGAGUGCCGCAUAUAUCAAGUACAGCAUAUCUCGUUGCAUUCAUUACGGCAGACUAUACACAAGCGGAGGUCAGAGCAAAGGCAAAGAAGAGGAUCUCUUUGAAGCCCUCAGAUGUCUGGGUCAAGGUCUCCAUACUUUAGAGGACUUUGGUGCGCAUUCCAAUUACUGUGAACUCGUUCUCCGAGAAAUGGGUUUCCACAAUGUUUUCCCUCAUGUUGGUGCCGCGACAGAGAUUCAUCUCCGGGGGAAACGGGUUUUCCCUCUUGUCACGGGCACGUUCGGAAUGGUGGAUUUCUUCCACUCUGUUCUAGGCGAGGCAAAUGAUCAUUUCACCCAAUCCGAACUCAACGAGGCAGACAAUACUUUGCUCGGCGCCGAGUCAAAUCAACAAUCUCCUGCUAUCAACACAUUGACGAGCCUUCUGGGCAAGAUUCCAGGUACAAAGGAGCUUGUUGAUGAAGCCGAAGAGUUGCAGCAGCGUUCAAAUAGGCAGGCUGAGGCGAAUCGCAACCGACAUGUCAACACCGGAUAUGCCACUUCUCGAGGUGUGGACGAUUAUCCCAUCCCAAGCUAUGACCAAACUAGGGUGCCUGCAGAUCACUAUCAGUCAAGUCACUAUGGACAGAGCAGAGGCCCGGCAGGUGGUUACGGGUCAAAUGAAUAUGACCAAAGCAGAGGCCCAAGUGACUUCCAGUCAAAUCAGCAGACAAGCAAAGUGUCAGGCUUGCCAGAUAUUGACCCCCAAAAGACCGUUGAGCAGAUCUACCCCAUCCUUGAAUUCAGAGACAAAGUCGUGCGACGCAUCAGCUCGAUCGUCGAGAAGAUCCCUGGCUUGGAGAAGCUCAUUGAUAAGAUCACCGAAACAGUGACGCUAUUUGUAUUUUCACUCUUAGCACCCUUUAUCCGGCCUCUUAUCAAUGUGGCUUCCAAGUCCCUACAAACUGGCUCAAUGGGAGUCAUUGAAUCUUCUGGGCAGCAUCAGUACGAGGUCUGGGAUAACCCUCACUGCACUGAUCCCACUCAUUCCAUGUUGUCCAAGGAUCAUUUUGCCAACAUGCUCAACGAGCCAGCCGGUCAAGUUGCAGCUGCUAUUUUGAGAUAUGUUGUGCCCCGUGUUUUGUAUGCAUGGCAACAUAUCGAUGUCAACGUUGAUCAAGUAACUCAUGACUGCCUACAAGUUUUCCAUCAUCCUGCUUGCAGGGACAUGCACAACGAAGCCCACACUGCGAUGUUCAAAGCUGUCGAGAGUUGGGUUCAGUCUAGACCUGACCGUGGUCAUAACUUGAACGAUCUCCUCAGUGCGCAGAGCGUGAGAGCGGGGAAGAAUCUCACCAAGAAUUCUUCUUCUACUGGCGGCGGCCACGGUCAUUCUCACGGUGGUGGUGGCUUCCCUGCUGUCAGUGGUGGUCUCUAUGGAGCUGGUGCUGCUUCUUCGCAUGGACAGCAACAGCAGUCGUCAUCAUCGUCGUCGGUUCCCUGGGAACAGCUACAGAAGCUGAACAUUCCCGGCGUUUCCGAAGUUACCAAUGUUGCUAAUAAGCUAGGCGGAUUCGGCAAGCUGCUGUCAGGAGCUGGUCUCACUCGCGAUGCUCCUGAAGAAACGCUGCAACCGAGUCAUAGUUCUGGAUACGUACAGCAGCAGCAGUCCUCAUAUAACUAUGAGCAGCCGCCGCAGCACCAGCAGUAUCAACAUCAACAGAAUCAGUAUUCCCAAUAUCAACCACAAUAUUCAGCACCACCACCCGCUUCAAUUGGGAAUGAGAGGUAUGAGCUCUACGGACAGGGAGGCGGUUACUAUCAGCCACCAGAGUCAGGGGCUUAUGGCCAUGAUCAAGGGUAUCGGGAGCAUCGUGAACAUCGCGAGCAUGAGCACCGCCGUGAUCAGGAUAAUGAUCAUCAUCAACAUGAACACGGUCAUGGACAAGGCCAUGGUCACAGUCACAGUCAUCAUCAUAACUACUAGAUGAGACUCCUCUAACUAGAAUGCCACAAAUACUCGACCUGUCUAUUCUUAAGACCGAAGGCCAGUGCAUGUGAAUCGUA